CGUCUAUGGCGCGAAAAAUUGUCGGAAGGUCGGAGAAAAAAGGCGGCCAGUGGCCUCCACCAUGUGACGGUGGGGCCACCGUGCUCUGCUGCAUACCAACUUUUAUUACUCCAAUCACUGUACAAAAGCUGCCUCAUUGCUUAGAUACCAAAUAAUAUAUUGAAUUCAAGUACUGUCAACCUAUUCUCACUCUGCUUUAUAUAUCCACUUUUACUUUAUUUUCCCCACUUUCCUUCACUUUCAAUCAUAGCAUCUCCACACACGCUUUUCAUCAUACCGUUGAAGCACUGAACUUGGAUAAUUACGAUUCAAUUUUUCAGAGUAUUGAGUGGUUUUUUGUGAGUGAUCAUUUUUGAAUGGCUACUAGUGCGAUUUCAUCGGAAGAUGAGUACGAAGAAUUACAAUCUCGGCGAUUUGAUGACAGUUAUAGCUUGAGUGCUGACGUCAGCGAGUCGGAGAGCUCGUCUUCGAGUACAAGCACUUUUUCUUCAGAUCCUCGGUUGGUUUCGACUACGGUGACGUCUUCUCCGCUUGAAUCGACUUCAAAUUCUGUGUUUCUGGCCGCUCCGCGGGUAAUGCUCCCGGUAGUUGGAGGCAGACACGUCAUUCUUCCGGCAUCAAAGUCGCAGAGUGAUAAACCCGAUGGACUUGAAUUAUCCGAAACUGAAUUGAUGAAGGAAAGGUUUUCUAAGCUGUUGCUAGGAGAAGAUAUGUCAGGUGGAGGAAGGGGAGUAUGCACUGCUCUGGCAAUCUCCAAUGCGAUUACUAAUCUUGCUGCUACUGUGUUUGGGGAGCUCUGGAAGUUGGAGCCCUUGUCCCUGCAGAAAAAGUCGAUGUGGAAACGAGAGAUGGAUUGGCUUUUAUGCGUGAGUGAUUCCAUUGUGGAGCUCAUUCCAGCAGUGCAAGAAAUUCCAGGUGGCGGGACCUUCGAGGUUAUGAUGACUCAACAACGAUCUGAUUUAUAUGUGAAUCUUCCAGCCCUCAAGAAAUUAGAUGCAAUGCUAAUAAGCAUCUUGGAUGGGUUUUGUAACACCGAGUUUUACUAUGUUGAGCGUGGGAUAGGUGUUGCUGAUGGUGAACACAUUGAAGCACAUCCUUGUUCCCAAUUCUCACGGAGGCCUUCCAUAUCUCUUGAAGAAAAAUGGUGGCUGCCUUUCCCAAAGGUCCCGCUGAAUGGUUUGUCUGAGGAAACAAGAAAGCAACUGCAACAAUGCAGGGAGUGCACAAAUCAAAUUUUCAAAGCUGCAGUUGCAAUUAACAGCAGUGUGCUGUUAGAGAUGGAAGUACCACAAGUUUAUUUGGAGAGCUUGCCUAAGAGUGAAAAGGCUUGCUUGGGUGACAUCCUCCACCGUUAUAUAACUGCUGACCAAUUCUCUCCUGAAUAUUUUCUUGAUUACCUGGAUCUUUCGUCAGAAUAUACCACUCUGGACAUAGCAAAUAGGAUUGAGAGUGCUGUACACUUUUGGAGGUUGAAAUCUCAAAAGAAGAAAUUGAACCGUGCAAAAACUGGGUCAUGGAGUGGAACAGUAAAGGGCCUUGGUGGUGAUAUUGAAAAGAGUAAACUGUUUGCAAAUCGAGCUGACACCCUCCUAAAGAACUUAAAGUUGUACUUUCCUGGCCUCCCACAAACUGCUUUGGAUAUGAACAAGAUUCAGUUCAACAAGGAUGUUGGGCAGUCAAUCCUUGAAAGCUACUCCAGGGUGAUGGAGAGCUUAGCCUUCAACUUAAUGGCUAGGAUUGAUGAUCUUCUAUAUGUUGAUGAUGCCACAAGACGACGACGCGUAGCAUCAGGGGGAAUAUCUAUGCUCAGCCGGAGGGGAUCUACCGGUUCUCAUGCUUUCCAGAAGCAAAAAAUUGUCCAAGGCCAUUCACGAUCCAAAACUCUCGUUCACCAUUAAGGAUAGUAAGUCCACUCCCGAUCCAGUAGGUAAUCCCACUUUUUGCAACCCAUCGAAGAAAAGUGAAAAAUAUCACUUUUUUAUGCCCCGGAAAGAGUGCAGUACAAUGCUGGGUGUAGAUUCCAUGGCCGUUGAAACUUAACGUGCUAUGCUAUAUUUGUUGGGAUAGAGGAGUUGACAGAAUUUAUCAGUAGUAAGCACAAUUUGUAUACGCCUUCUAAUAUUAAAAGAGCAUAGAAAUAGUUCUAAGUAAUAGUUUUGUGGCAGAGGUCGACGCAAUAAUCUUCAUGUGCUACUGUAGUUUCUACUCUGUUGGUAGGAGAAAAUGUAACACCAAUGGCCCAAGAUGAAGUUUUAUAACGAGUUGACGAUUUAUUCAACUGUGUUAAUCAUGUAUUCUAAGGUAAAUUCCUUUGUACAUUUUCUUAUCUCUUUACAUAUUUUACUUAUAAAAAAGCUGUUUGUACA